ACUGCUAUAAGUGGACAGAGCACUAAAGCAAGGUAGCUCUCUCAAUGGGAAUGAUGUGGACAUUGCGGACUGUGAUGCUCAUGCUAUUCAUAGCAUCUGUUUCCUCCAAACCGUUUCAUUCAUGGAAUCAGAAUAAACACCAGAUCAACAGAGACUUUCAGACAUCUGACUCAGUGGAAUCUGAUGAAUCGAGUGACACAUCAGAUGAGGAUCGUUCAUGGUCAUCAGAGUCAAGCGAGCCUUUAGAAUCCCAUGAAUCAAGUUGGUCUUCCUCCAGUUCUUCUGAAUCAAGAGAAUCUUCAUCUUCAUCCUCUGAGGAGAACAUUCUCACCACUCCCAGUCCAGACAUCAUCAUCAGCCAGGCCACAGAGGAAACGGUCACCACAUCUGGAGAUAUCACCUGUUUCACUGUCCUACAUACAACAGCUGAGCCCAGAGGAGAUAACUAAUGCACUAGUGUGGUUCCUAAAACGGUUAAGUUCACAUGAAUGUUUAGAUUUGCUUCAGAAAUGCACUGAUCUCAUCAAUUUUUUAUGAUCUAAGUUUUACAAAUUCACUUUUUAGCUACUUUUUAAACGUUACUUUAUUUUUUUCUUUGGCUUAAUAUAUUUCUCUUGCACAUGUAUUGUCACUGAAGCCUGUUUUUGCAGAAGUUAAAUGGAAUAUAUGCAUGCUACUGUGUACUGCACUCCACAGUAGCACAUCCUCAGAGAUAUACAAUGCACUUUUGUACAAUGUCUUCAAUAACUUAAAAUAAAAUCCUCAAAGCAUU